UUUGGUGUUUAUUGUACUUGUUUGAGACUUAUAUCAGUUCGUGACAGAUGAGAUUUGAAAUGGUUUUGGGAGGAUGACUGAUGCUCAGCUGAUGUCUUAAGCUUAUUUAUUGUUAUUUCGGUGAGAUUUUUCUUCACUCCGGAGUGAUCAUCAGCAGGGAUCUCGCCUUCUGGCCGCCGUGGCCGUGCGGCGCGCUCCCGCCCCUCCGUCAGGAGGAGACUGGUGCUGAAGCUGACGAGAAUGAGGAUGCGGACGAUGAUGGCGGUGAUGGAGGAGCAGCGCUGAGUUUAGUCGCUGUUUUCUCCCCUUCCCCCCCUUUUUUCCUAUUGACAUUUUUUAUAUAUGUAUGUUCAUUUAAAUUAGGGCCUCACAGAAACAAAAAAUAAUAAUAAUAAAAAAAGAAAAAGCAGAAACGCUGUCGAUUUAACCCAGCCUGCCUUCACCUCCCUCCAAUCUCCUGAGCUCGCACAGAGAUGGGGAACGAAGCGAGCAUGGAGGGCGGCGGGGAGCCGGGAGCCGCCGGGAUGAUGGGGUCGCCUAUGCCCGGUGGACCCGGAACAGGACCGGGGCCAGGACAGCAUAUGAAGCCGGUCAACGGGGCAGCUGCCGGGGGAGGAAUGGGAGUCGGAGGCCCUGGCAUGGGGAUGGCAAGAGGUCCAACAGGCCCGAUGGGUAGUCCAAAGCCAGGAAUGCAACCAGGUGGACAUGGUGGAGGAGGAAUGGGAGGAAUGGGGGAGGGAUGGGAGGGGGGGAGGGAUGGGAGGAGGAAUGGGGAGGAGGUAUGGGUGGGAUAG